AGAGAGAAACACCGCAAACGAGUAACACACGAGACAGCUGGCGGAAAUCAGUCAAUCAUUAUAUCAGGCUGGAGUUAGUGUGGGCAGCUCAUGGGUGCAUCUGUGUGCCGUCUUGGCCGCUCGCUGCUGUCUCUCCCAGAUCGCAGCAGGACUGGGCAGGCGGGCAUUUUGAUGGGCGGCGAUGACUCUCUGGAUGGGUUGGACAGACAAGCGGACAUCGCCCAGUUCCCAUAUGUGGAGUUCACUGGUCGAGACAGCAUCACCUGUCCUACUUGCCAGGGCUCUGGACGCAUCCCAUCAGGACAAGUGAAUGAGUUGGUAGCCCUCAUCCCCUAUAGUGAUCAAAGGUUACAGCCCAGGAGAACGAAGUUGUAUGUGGUGCUGUCAGUGAUUCUGUGUCUGCUGGCAUCCUCAUUGGUGGCCUUCUUCAUGUUUCCUCGACCUGUGCUGGUUGUUGACGAUGGCAUUCGUUCUGUUACUGUACACUUUGACCGCAACAACAGCAAAGUGAUCAUCAACAUGACGAGCUCGUUGAACUUCACCAACUUCAAUUUCUUCACGAUGUGGCUAGAAAGUGUGAGCUGUCAGGUGCUCUAUAUGAAGACGGUCAUUGGAUCUCAGCAGCUUGACAAUGUCAUUCACAUCCAGCCGCUCAGCCAGAGACAGGUCAACUUCACUGUCAGUAUGGAAAUUGGUGGAAGCCUCUCUUACGUUUAUGCUUUCUGCACUAUGGCAAGCAUCAAGGUCCACAACAUAGUGGUUUUCAUGCAGACCUCAGUGAAAACCUCCUACAUGGUGCGGACAGCACAGAACACUCUGGAAGCCUACCGCUAUAUCGACUGUGGUACCAACAUCCACCAGCCCUCAGGAAUAGUGUGGUCGAAAGGAAGUUUAAUUGGGUAGUUAGAUUCUGAACAGCAGCACCUUGGGGUUUGUUUGCCUUAAAAGGGAGAUCUUUGUGUGCUGAAUUCUGAAAUUAGUACUGAGAUAUUGAACAUGUUGAAUAUUGAAUUGCUGCUAAAAUAUGCCAUAUUGCUCAAAUAAUUCCUCCAGUACCGAUAUGUUGGGGUGGUCAUUACUACUGUAAGCAAUGGGGCUUUUUGCUCUCCACUCAAGGUCUUUGCCAUUUUAAAAGCUUCCCAAACUUGCUAUGGCAUUAAUCUAGAAUCUCUAAAGGGUAUUAUAUAAUUUUGCAGUGAUUAUUUGAGAAAAUAAGGGAGACAAUUAUUGAAAGGAUUGUGAAUGUCAAAGUGCACUUUAAAAUGCCAUUUUUUGUGAUGAUUUUGUGUCUGGUUUAUGAAAUAGCAGGCCUGUAAAAUAUUUUAUAGUUUUUGUUGAUCAUUUCCCAUGCAAAUUCACUCCACUAUUGAAAUCUGCUGCGUCUCUAAUUGUGUUUUUGAUGAGUUUACUUGUGUUUACAUGUUUCAAUCUCUCUUUCUCUGUUGGGUGGUUCUUAAAGUGCUUCAUUCACCCAGUUAAUAUGUGAAUUCAUCUACCUGUCACCAAGACACACAAAAGCAUAUGCAUGUAAUAUUUAGACCAAAAUAUUUGUAAACUGUGUAUAUAUUUUUGGAGUUGAAAAUUCAGAUAUAUUUCAGCUCAAAUGUUUCGAUCAAGCUGCUGAAUAUGAUGUAGCUGUUUAAAAAAUAAGUGUCUCGUUUUGGCUCUGUGAUGCCAUGAAAACUGAAAUGAGGUCAAUUAUAGUUUUUCAACCGUAAUUAUGCAGAAUAUUUUCUUUUCACUCAUGUAUUAUGACUUUCACCAAGUUGUUAGAAAUCAUAUUAACUUUUUUUAUCUGCUGACAAUUCAGAUGCUUAUAAAUGAUGAAUCACUCGAUGAUGAUAAUGAUCUGAAAUCUACUGCUGGUUUUGAUGUUUUAUAAGGGCAUUUGUUCUUUAUCUGCACAUUUGUAAAAUCAAUAUGCCUUAUUGACAGAGAAAGAAACAUAAGCUGAUAUUAAAAUGUUUGAUUCAGUACUGUUUUGAAACUGUGUUUGGAGUUAUAAAAAAAAUAAAGAAAUAUAUAUAUAUUUUCUGACCAUUUGCUAUAUAUAUAUAUAUAUAUAUAUAUAUAUAUUUGUCAUUUCACAUUUUAACAUGCUCUAUUCAGCAUUCCAAAACUAAUGUAAAACAACAGGUUUUGUCACAAAAAGCUUUUAUAUCAUAUUUGAGAUAUUUCAGAAUGUUUUUUUGUGUGCACAAGAUCUCUAGCGGGAGAUUAUAAUAAAUAAAUAAAAUACUGUUUCCCUUGGAGAGGAAUAUAUUUUCUGAAACAGUUUAGCAUUCCCUUGCAAUUGUUUUGGGAUCCUCCUUUAUCCAUCCCUUACGGAAUUUAACCGUGGUUUAAAUACAGUAACCAUACCCGAGUAUGGUAUGUGUGUUAAAACCACAUAGUAACCACAUUUACAGUGGAUUUACUUAAGUAACAAUUUUUUAACCAAGUUAUUUGUAGUAAACCCACAGUAAUAGUACAAGACUUCUAACAGUCUAAAAAUGUUAGGCACCAUGAAAUUUGGUCGGCUUUUAGCAGUGUUAAUUUCAUAGCAACUCACACUACACUGCUAACCUGAGGCCAUGGAGGUCGCUGAAGGAACUCAGUGUUUCGGGAUUGUUUUCAGGUUGACAAAUUCAAACUAAUCCAAUCAGGCUUAAUUGGUACCAUGAUGCAGCUCAUCAACUUUCUCUGUCAACUCAGGCUACAAGACGUAUUCCCUCCUGCACAUGAAUAAGUGACAUUUGCUGGGCACAACAAAUCGUGUGAAACCGCGAUUCACUUCUGGCAAGAGAAUUUAAGAAUUUAUGUUCAGUUAAACUGUGCACACACUGUAUUAAAAAUAAAUAA